AUCACCAGCCCCGUAUACACUGCUUCUCGGCCAGGUUCUCCACGAUGCAGGCGCCAGUGGUGGUUAUGAACACCCAGACCCCGGGCGGGGAGCGGCAGUUUGGCCGCAAAGCUCAGCUCUCCAACAUCACAGCAGCCAAGACGGUCGCGGACAUUAUCAGGUCAUGCCUCGGCCCCAAGGCUAUGUUGAAGAUGCUGCUCGACCCCAUGGGCGGCAUCGUCCUCACCAACGACGGCCACGCCAUUCUCCGAGAGAUUGAAGUCGCACACCCGGCAGCCAAGAGUAUGAUUGAGCUCAGCAGGACACAGGACGAGGAGGUGGGCGACGGCACGACGACUGUCAUCAUAUUGGCGGGAGAAAUCCUCGCACAGGCUCUGCCCCAGCUCGAGCGCAACAUCCACCCUGUUGUGAUUAUCCAGGCCUUCAAGAAGGCGCUGGCCGAUGCCCUCGAGAUCAUCAACGAGAUUGCCGUCGAAGUUGACAUCAACGACGACGAGCAAAUGUACAAGAUUAUCAACUCGUCAAUCGGCACAAAGUUUGUCUCGCGGUGGUCGGAGCUGAUGUGCAGUCUCGCCCUCAAGGCCGUCCGUACCGUGUCUGUUGAAGUCGGCCCCGGCAAGAAGGAAGUCGACAUCAAGCGCUACGCACGUAUCGAGAAGAUUCCCGGCGGCGAGAUCGAGGACAGCGUGGUACUGGACGGUGUCAUGGUCAACAAGGACAUUACACACCCCAAGAUGAGGCGGAGAAUCGAGAACCCCCGCGUGCUGCUGCUCGACUGCACGCUGGAGUACAAGAAGGGCGAGAGCCAGACGAACAUUGAGGUCAGCAAAGAGGAGGACUGGAACCGGAUACUGCAAAUCGAGGAGGAGCAGGUCAAGGCCAUGUGCGACGCCAUCAUUGCUCUCAAGCCCGAUCUCGUCAUCACCGAGAAGGGCGUCAGUGACCUGGCACAGCACUACCUCGUCAAGGCCAACAUCACGGCCAUCCGCCGCGUGCGCAAGACGGACAACAACCGUAUUGCGCGUGCGACGGGCGCCACGAUUGUCAACUCGGUGUUCUCGGCAGCGCCUUCAGACAUUGGCACCGAGUGCGGUCUGUUUGAGAUUUCCAAGAUUGGCGACGAGUACUUCACGUUCCUCACAAAGUGCAAGAACCCCAAGGCGUGCACGAUUAUGCUGCGGGGCCCUUCGAAGGACAUCCUGAACGAGAUUGAGCGGAAUCUGCACGAUGCCAUGGGGGUGACGCGAAACGUGAUAUGGAACCCCAAGCUCUGCCCGGGAGGAGGGGCAACCGAGAUGGCCAUUGCCGUGGGCCUGGAAAGGCGGGCCAAGCUCAUCGAGGGCGUGGCACAGUGGCCGUACAAGGCGGUUGCUGAGGCCAUGGAGGUGAUUCCCCGCACACUGAUCCAGAACUCGGGCAACAGCCCGAUCAAGGUGCUCACGCAGCUCCGCGCCAAGCAUGCAGAGGGCUACGAGGACGGCAAGCAGGGCGGAAGCUCUUGGGGGAUCGACGGCGACGCGGGCAAGGUGGCGGACAUGCACACAUACAACGUGUGGGAGCCCAUAGCGGUCAAGGAGCAGAGCGUCAAGACGGCCGUGGAGAGCGCGUGCCUGCUGCUGAGGGUGGACGACAUUGUUGCGGCAAAAUCAGCGAAGCAGGUGGGCGGGCCGAUAGGGGAGGGUGACGAUUAGACGUGUAGUGUAGAUGCGCCGUAGUCGAUGCAGAAACACGCG